CCCCCGUAUGCUACAUACUAGUAGUAUGUCGUCCCGUAGUCCACCUCCGCCAGGGGCCGCCGAAGAGGCGAACGGGUCUUUUGGGCAGAGCCACAUCAUACAGCCCCAGUCCGAGCACACCCACACUGCCAUUGUGCUCCAUGGACGCGGCAGCUGCGCCGAGGAGUUUGCCGAGGAGUUUCUCGCCUCGACCCUCUCGGACGACCGCACCCUCUGCGACAAGAUGCCCGGUUGGCGCUGGGUGUUUCCCUCCUCGAAGGAGGUGUGGAGCACUGCUUUCAAAGAGCACAUGCCCGCCUGGUUUGAGGCGCACUCCUUGACGGACCCCACCAUACGACAAGACCUGCAAGUCGACGGGCUCCUGGAGUCGGUGAGCUAUAUCUCGCAGAUCAUGGAAGAGGAGAUUGAGCGACUCGGCGGAAACUCGCAGAGACUGGUCCUUGGCGGCAUCAGCCAGGGUGGUGCCGUGGGGAUGUGGGCUCUGCUCUGCCAGCGAGACGCGACAAGGGGACUGGGGGCUUUCUUUGCAGCCAGCACUUGGCUGCCGUUUGCGGCUAACGUGAAGGAUCUCCUGGCUGGUCAGGAGAUGCCGCCUGAAAGGGGACGCCUUGGGCUGGAGAGCAUGGAACCAAAGGAUGCGGUUCUCAGCAUGAUGCCACCCGUCAACUGGCAUGCCCUUCCAGGCUUCUCCGAACAGACCCCAGUGUUUAUAGGUCAUGGAAUCGACGACGCCUACGUGGAUGUGGAAUUAGGUCGACAAGCAGCGGAUGUCCUGGGUCAAGGAGGAUGGGAGGUUGAAUGGAAAGAGUACGCAGGGGCGGAGGAGGAGGGCCACUGGUUCAAAGUGCCAGAUGAGAUGGAUGAUAUCUAUGCUUUCCUCGUCAAAGUUGCGUCUGCGCAAUCAGGCCGUAAAGGAAAAGAUGCAGCCUGAGUAAAGUGGCAGCAUACAACUCUCAAUCGAGCAUCUGUGACCACUAUCAUCUGCGUUGCCCAAGCCAACGGCCAAUGAGACAGUCCAGCGAGCACUCCAUGGGAUAUCUGCCAAUAGCCUCCGUAGGAAGGUACUCAAUCCAACCCUACAACACGGAUUUGGGGGCAAAAAUCGAGAUAAUAGAUAAUGUCUAUGCAUCCCUCGAUAGGUAAAUUGAAUACUGCUAAAUUAACUAUUCGUCUGGGUUCCCAUUGUCAACCUAGCUAACGGCCUAAGUUAUAGGGGAACUCCGUAGAUAGGUAGGUACGUACUU